AUGGCAACUAUUUUACGAAGGAUAUGGAAGAACCAUUCAAAGCACAAAAAACUUUGUGAAGAAUGGGCUCUUGCUGAAUGCGAAGGAGAAGGCUGGUGGCGUGAAACACACAACAGUCGUGGUCAAUGUGACGUAAGAUACGCCGGCGUUGCUCCAGUCGAGCGCGCCGCGUCCGCUCCCGCCACCGCUCUCGCUGUUCGCUCUGCUUUACAUACCGCUAAGACUGGAAAUCUAAAACUGCCCAAGGUGAAUGUGGAUAUCAGUUCAAAAGGGAUUAUCGUGUCGGAUGCUGAGUCACAAGAAAAUGUACUAAGUGUAUCAAUAUACAGGAUUUCCUAUUGUUCUGCGGACGCCGCUAACGCCCGCGUUUUCGCUGUGGUCGAAGGCAAAACUGCUGGCGCGAGUGAGACGCAUGUUGUGCAUGUGUUUGUCUGUGCUAGACGGAGACAGGCGAGGGCUCUUGCCCUCUCUCUCGCACAUGCCUUUAAUGACGCCUAUCAGGCAUGGCAAGCCAGUGAAGCGAGUUCACUUCAAGCGGGUGGCAGGCGCCGAAUAACUCCUUGGGCAAAUUUCUCAAGUGAUUCUGAUGAGGACACCGAUAAUGAACAGUGGCAGAGCCCAGAGCCGCUGGUGACGUUUUGA